AUGAUUUGCCUUAUAGUUAAGUUACUAAUUUUUUUGGUGGCUUAUAUAGUCCCUAGUGGAAUGGCUUUCCAUGGAAUGAAGAAUAAGAGAUAUGAUAUAGUAGAUUAUUUUUUAAAAUAUAUUUAUUUUUUUGUUGUAUUUGAGCAUUUAAUAACACCAACAUUCGGAAGAUUUAUUUCAGGAAUAAGCUGUUUUAUAUGGGGAAUAAUACAUUUAUCACUUUAUGUUGUUUUAAUUUUUCCAAAAUUUAAUUAUUUAAAUAAUAUUUAUGAAAAAAUAGCUAAACUAAAUGGUGAUAAUAAUAUUAGCUUUUAUUACAACAACUACAUUAUCUCUCCCUUAAAUUCAAAAGCUACUGCAAUUGUAAAAAAAUUGAAGGCAUUAUAA